ACUUUACUUUCGAUUUCGUUUCCCAGUGUAUAACAGCAAUGCUGUUUAAAGCGAACUUGUCCAGUCCUAGGGCACAGAGAGGACCGCGGAGUUGAACUAGACACAGCAGAAUACGCAAUCGGACCCAAGGAAGCGAUUUGCAGAAUGGAAGACCUUGGGCUGCGCAGCUACCAGAAGGAAGUGGUGGAGAGAGCGGUAAAGGGGGAGAACGUCAUCAUCUGGUUGCCCACCGGAGGGGGCAAGACUCGGGCCGCCGUCUACGUGGCCAAGAGACACCUGGAGACCAACCCCAAGGCCAAGGUGGUGGUCCUGGUUAACAAGAUACAUCUGGUGGCACAACAUUACACCAAAGAGUUUGACCCUCACCUGGGCAAACAGUACAAGCUGGUCCAGGUCAGUGGAGACUGCGAGGAGAAGGACUUCUUCAGCUAUGUGUUGAAGAAAUCGGACCUCGUCAUCUGCACAGCACAGAUAUUGGAGAACGCCUUGGCCACCCCCGAAGACGACAGACAUGUUGAGCUCUCGGACAUCACUCUGCUGAUCAUCGACGAGUGUCACCACACCCACAAAGAGGGAGUUUACAACCAGAUCAUGAGACGCUAUAUCGGCAGGAAGCACAACGGAGAGCGCAAGCUGCCUCAGAUCCUGGGCCUGACGGCGUCACCGGGCGGUGCCAAUACUGUACCGCAGGCUGUGGAUCAUGUCCUGGAGAUUUGUGCCAACCUGGACUCAGCCAUCGUGUCGGCUGAAGUUCAUGCCCCAGAGCUGGCAGCGAAGGUGCCGAGGCCUCGCACCACUUUCGACAUCGUGGAGAAAAGACCUGAGGAUCCGUUUGCAGAUCAUUUAACCUCUAUGAUGCUGAAGAUCCAUGAGUACUUGUACACAGCCGACCCUAGCCUGCAAUUCCGGGAGAUCGGCACACAGGACUAUGAGGCAGACGUGGUUCUUCUAGAAGAGAGCGGUGUGAAACAAGGAAAACGACUGCUGGCACAAUGUGCGCUCCACCUCAGGCAGUACAACAACGCCCUGCUCAUCAACGACACCCUGCGCAUGGAGGACGCCUACAAGUCGCUGGGUGAUUUCUACGCGACCAAGGCAAACACGGCCAUCGACAAGACCGACCGCUUCCUCAUAGAGCUGUUCAGAAAAAACCAAGAGAGGCUGAGUAGUCUGUCAAUUGAUGUUCGCUAUGCGAACCCCAAGAUGGCACAGCUUCAGACCACUCUCCUGAAUCAGUUUGGCGAGAGUACGAGUUCCAGGGGCAUCAUAUUCUCCAAGACCCGGCUCAGUACCAACUGCCUACUAGACUGGGUUUCCAAUAACCCAGCCAUGCAGAAGGCCAACAUCCAAGCGGCAAUUCUGACCGGCGCAGGCAGUGGCAACAACAGCAUGUCCCAGAAUCAGCAAAAAGACACAAUCCGAAAUUUCCGCAAUGGUACCCUCAACCUCCUGAUCUCCACCAGUGUGGCGGAAGAAGGACUCGACAUCCAAGAAUGCAACCUGGUGGUGCGGUACGGGCUGCUCACCAACGAGAUUGCCCAGCAGCAGGCUAUGGGGCGCGCCCGGGCUAAUGACAGCGUGUACGCUGUGGUCGCCCAGCGGGGGAGCAAAGAGGUCGUCAGGGAGUUCGUAAACGACAACAGGGUGAAGUCGAUGACAGAAGCCAUCGCAGAAAUCCAAAAGAUGACUCACAUGGAGUUCCGCAAGAAAAUCACUGAGAUUCAAAAAGUAUCAAUUAUGUGUUUGAUUCGUGCUGCAAAAAAUCUACAAGAAAGAAAGAGUGUUAACAGCGCCACCGUUAUUAAGAUAAUUUGUCGAAACUGCUUCACUCCGGUGGCCAUGGGCAGCGACAUCCAACUCCUUGACAAUAGCCACUACGUCAACGUCAACCCUAAUUUCGAGAUCUACUACAAUACCGGUGGGGAAUUCCAUCUUCCAAAGACUUUUGAGGACUGGGAACCUGGCUGUAUCAUCAAUUGCGCAAAGUGCAACCUGCAAUGGGGAUAUCAGAUGAAGUACAAGAAGUCAGUGUUGCUUGCCAAUGUAAAAAUCAAGUCCUUUGCCCUGGACACCCCGGAUGGAAGGACAACGGUCAAGCAGUGGAAGAACGUUCCGUUCGUUGUUGAGGACUUUAACUUCCUAAAAUACUGCAAUGGGCUUCCCGGAGACCCUAUGGAUUGACACUGCUCUUCCUGCUAGGAAUUAAUAAUAAUAAUAAUACAUUUAAUUUAGAGGCGCCUUUCAAGACACCCAAGGUCACCUGAAUUGUGGGUAAUCUUCAGGCUGUCAUUUUAGCUCAACUUCUUUAUCUUCUUCUUGCUUACAGGAUUUUAUGAAAUAUUAAGUCGCUCUCAUAUGUUUUUCAUGUCUUUUCCUGCACAUCCAUUUCCAGUCCCUGCAGUGCAUGCAAGUACGGUUCAGUAAUAUUUGCUGACUGGUUAAACCUGCACUUUGUAACUUUUUUAAUAAUAAUAAUAAUAAUAAAUGAAAUUUAUAUAGCACUUAAUAUGAUACCCUCCACAAUACAGGUUUCAAUUAGAACUCACACCUAUCUUUAAAAGAUAAGCACUUGCAACUUUUAAGUAAGUUGAGAAUGUUUAUCUUACUCUUGUAUCAUGUGUCAUUUUGAUAGAAAUGACCUUCUUUUUUUUUUUUCUGUGAGUGACCCUAAAGCUAUGGAUACUUAAGAGAGGCUGGGUUGUAGUGUUGAGUGUGUAGUAAUAUUAAAAAUACAAACUCCAAUUACUGCAGAAGGUGGGACAGGGCGGGGUCUUCUCUUGACUAUCUGCUAAGAUGUUUUGCCAAGUUGUACUUUAGUACUUUUAUCCAAAAAGAUAGAUUAUAUGAAAUGAUGUGUGAAAUUAUAUGAGUGACUUGUUAACUAUGAUUGUUAACGAAGAUUCAAUAAAAAAAAAAAAAUCAUCUUA